AUGGCUUCAAGUGAAGCAAGUAUGACAGCCAUCUAUGUUCAUGCCGGUGCUGGGUUUCAUAGCCAUCAAAGUGAGGAAAUACAUUUGUGGGUUUGCAACCAAGCGGCAACCUUGGCCAUGGCAGUUCUAAAGUCUGGAGGAAACGCUGUUGACGCCGUUGAGGUUGCGAUCAAGUUCCUCGAAGAUCAUGAGAUAACAAAUGCUGGAUACGGAAGCAAUCUUACCAUCAACGGUACAGUCGAAUGUGACGCGACUAUUGUCGACCAUCUUGGCCGUAGCGGAGCAGUUGGCGCAGUUGAACACGUUAAAAAUCCAAUUGCGCUUGCCCGCGUUGUCCUGGACACGUCAACAAAACCGUUGGCCUUCAACCGGGUGCCUCCGAAUCUUAUCUCAGGAGCCGGCGCCGUGGAAUUCGCCUACGAGCAGGGAAUACCAGUCCUUCCCCCAAACUCGCUUGUAUCUAAGGGUGCCAGAGAACGCUGGAUUCGUUGGAACCAUGAAUUGCAGCAACUAGAACUUCAGCGCCAAGAACAGGAAUGGGAAGCCGGGUAUCGCCUCUCACGUAAAUCGACUGCAAAGAAAGCAGGUCAUGGAUUUGGGAAUUCUAGUCCUGGAUCAUCCCACCGCUCAGGGCGCAGCAUUAAUUCGCCAAGGAAUCUAGGACGUGUGGAUUAUACCCCAAGCCCGGACGGCUCUGUGAGGGAAGCUUUAACGUACGAGAUGGAUCUAGACACAGCAGCGUAUGGUCAUUCCGUCGAUGCCCUUCCGGACGAUGGAGCUUCAGAUGCAGACGCAGAUGAGGAAACUGAUCUAGAUUAUGAUGAGCAUCUCGUUAACUUGACGUCGGUCAUACCGCUGUUCACGGAAAACGGCCCAAGUACUCCUGUCAACCCUUCGCCCCCGAACAGCCCACAUUCGAUGUCCAGCAUAACCGACACUGACCGUAUUGACUUGGACACCGAGGAGCUUGCAACAUCCAAGGCAGAAGAACAGUUCGUCGGAAGUGAUGAUGACAUCAGUGAUACGGUUGGUGCUAUUGCCAUCGAUUGUUACGGGAACAUCGCAGCAGGCUCUUCGUCAGGAGGAAUUGGGAUGAAGCAUUGUGGUCGAACUGGACCCGCUGCAUUAGUUGGCGUUGGCACCGCCGUUGUUCCAUCGAAUGCCAGCGAUGAAUUGGGUACAUGCACCGCGGCGGUGACUAGUGGCACUGGUGAGCAUAUGGCCACCACUAUGGCUGCCGGAGUGUGCGCAGAGCGGAUAUAUAACAGCACUCGAAAGGCCUCAACUGGACCGGGAAUCCUGGAAGAAGUCACAGAGGAUGAAGCCUUGAAAGCUAUGAUCGAGAAUGAGUUUAUGGGUCAUCCGGGUGUCAAAGCAAGUCACUGCCAUGCUGCCAUAGGAAUCAUGGCUGUGAAGAAAACAAACAAGGGCAUUGCGUUAUAUUUUGGACAUAAUACCGAUUCUUUUGCAAUUGCUUCCAUGACCACCGAAGAUCCCGAGCCAUGCUGCCUAAUGUCCCGAAACAAAGGCAACGGAAAAGUGGCGCAAGGGGGAAGGUUUACCAAAUUGAGCGGGGGCAAAUCUAGGUACAAGCCGAAGUAA